AAAGAGUCCCCUCUUCACGCAGGGUCUUGAGUCUUUCUUGACUCAUGAUUGAGUGGUGAAGCUUUUAGUCACACCGAAUCAUGAUAGAGCUGUGGAAGCACUACGAAAAUUGGUAAAGCUGAACCUUCCUUAAUUUGGUCAGCGUGGUGCAAAUUCAAACUUAUUCCUUCUCCCACAUUUCGCAUUUCAGCUAGCUUUCUUGUGAUCUAUCUUUCAGCGUUUUCUUUCACCCACCAAGAAGAAAUGGCUGAAGCAAUCCCGUUUGGUCUUGCACGAAAGAUCAUUGAAAAAUUGAGCUCCACAACUUUCGAAGUGAUCGGAUCUAUCUGGGGUGUCAAAGAUGAGCUCGAAAAAUUGAAGAACACUGUUUCCACUAUUCAAGCUGUACUUCAAGACGCAGAGGAGCAGCAAGACAAGAAUCAUCAAGCCAGGGACUGGCUCAAGAAGCUCAGAGAUGCAGUAUAUGACGCUGAUGAUUUGUUGAGUGAUUUCUCUACUGAAGACUUGCGACGAAAGGUGAUGGGUGGUGAGAAAAUUGUUAACAAGGUACGCACUUUCUUUUCGAGCUCAAACCAAAUUGCUUUUCAUUUUAAAAUGGCUCACAAAAUAAAGGGCAUAAGGGAGAGACUUGAUGCAACAGCAAAUGAUAGGAACAAAUUCCAAUUGAUAGAGCAUCCUUUACAAACAAAGGUGAGGGAGAGGGACCAAACUCACUCAUUCGUACGAGAAGAAGAAGUUGUUGGGAGAGAAGAGGAUAAGAAAAUGAUCAUAGAUUUAUUAUUGAACAUAGAUGUGGAAGAGAAUGUCUCGUUCAUAUCCAUAGUGGGAAUCGGAGGGUUGGGGAAAACCACACUUGCUCAAUAUGUAUACAAUGAUGAGAAAGUGAGGAGUUAUUUUGAGUUGAAGAUGUGGAUAUGUGUCUCUGAUGUCUUUGAUGUGAAAACAAUUGCUGAAAAGAUAAUUGGAUCUGCAACCGGUAUGAAACCUGAAAUCCUUGAUAUGGAUCAUUUGCAAAAUAAACUUCGCAAAGAACUCAACCAAAAGAAGUACUUGCUUGUGUUGGAUGAUGUAUGGAACAGCAAUGAGGAAUUGUGGUGUAACUUAAAAAGACUAUUGAUGGGUGGCGCAAAGGGAAGUAAAGUGGUGAUAACUACACGGACCAAAUUGGUUGCAGAAAUUACCAGCACAGUCUCACCCUAUUUUCUAAAAGGCCUGUCAAUUAACCAAUCUUGGUCUUUAUUUAAGCAAAUGGCAUUUCAAAAAGGGCAAGAUACCAUUGAUCCUAACAUUGAAGCGAUUGGAAUGGACAUUGUACAAAAAUGUCAAGGAGUGCCUCUUGCUAUAAAGGUGAUAGGAAGAGUAUUAUACUUCAAAAAAACAAAGGAUGAAUGGUCUUAUAUCAAGGAUAAUGAAAUUACAAAUGUAACUCAAGGAGAAAAUGGUAAUGGUAUUUUACCAAUUCUAAAAUUGAGUUAUGAUCAUCUCUCAUCACAUUUAAAGUGUUGCUUUGCUUAUUGUUCAUUAUUUCCUAAAGAUUAUGAGAUUUCAAAGUUAACAUUAAUACAACUAUGGAUAGCACAAGGAUUUAUCCAAUCAUCAGAUGAAAAGGUACAAUUAGAGGAAGUUGCUAAUGAGUAUUGCAUGGAUCUACUUUGGCGAUCCCUCUUCCAAGAAGUCAGAGAAGAUCGCUUGGGGAAUAUAACUCUUAAAAUGCAUGAUUUAAUCCAUGAUCUUGCACAAUCAGUCUCAAGGAUCGAUUGCACACUUGUUAAUUCCAAUGCAACAAAUAUUAACGAAGAAGUUCGUCAUUUGUCAUUUCCAUUUUACAAUGCUUCAUUCUUUGAGAAGAAUUUAAGCCCAUUAGUUAAAGCAAAGAAGAUACGUACACUUAUUUUGACGUCCAAUCACCAGCUCUAUAAUAAGAAAGGAGAAGAAGAAUCUACACUCAAAAAACUUAUUACUAGCUUUAAAUGCUUGCGUGUGUUAGACCUACACGGCUUAAGAAUUACGACAACACCGAAUUGUAUAGACAAGUUGACAUAUCUAAAGUACCUUGAUCUUUCCAAGAAUGACAUUGAAGUUCUCCCUAAUUCUAUUAUUAGGCUGUUGAAUUUGCAAACAUUAAAGCUCUCUGGAUGUCGGAAGCUUAAAGAAUUGCCACGAGACGUUCAAAAGUUGGUCAACCUCAAGCAUCUUAAUAUAUAUUGUUGUGAUAGUUUGACUCACAUGCCAUGUGGAUUAGGGCAAUUGACUUCUCUUCAGAUGUUACCGCUCUUCGUUGUGAGCAAGGACCCUGCAGCUUUCUCCUCCAAUCAUUCUGGAGGACUAUUCGAAUUGAACAAGCUAAACAAUGUGAGGGGAGAACUAUGUGUUAAAAAUUUGGAAGGGGUGAAUGCAGUAGAAGCCAAAGCUGCAAAUUUGAAAGACAAGCAGAAUCUUAGAAAUUUGAAAUUAAGUUGGAAUUGGGAGGGUAAUGAUGGCGUAGACAUUUGCAAUGAGGAAAACUUGUUAGAAGGUCUCCAGCCACACCAUGCUUUAAAAUUUUUGCAUGUGGAAGGGUAUAUGGGUGUGAGAUUUUCAAGUUGGCUUCCUUCCCUAACAGGUCUUGUUAAUCUAAAAAUAUGGAAAUCUAAGGUUCAACAUCUACCACCAUUGUAUCAACUCCCCUCUCUUCGAUAUCUUGAUCUUCGAAGUAUGAUGGAUCUAGAAUACAUAUCUGACAGGGAAAUCACUAAUGAGGUUUCUGAUUUAUUGGCGUCAUCAUCAACAACAUUUUUCCCAUCCUUAGAGUCACUACAACUUUUAGAUUGCCCUAAUCUAAAAGGAUGGUGGAGGACGGAUAUUGUCAAGGUCAAUUUUGAUAAUGAUCACAACAAAGUGGCAAUAACAACAUCAACAUCAAGUCAUCAAAAUCUGCCAUCCUUUCCUUGUCUUUCUUAUUUGCAUAUCUCGAAUUGCAGUAACUUGACUUGCAUGCCGAUAUUUCCUUCUCUUGAAGAUAAGCUAGUACUGAGUAAUGCAAGCUUGAAGCCAUUGCAACAAACAAUGACAACGACAAUGAAUAUGACAGGAGCCUCUUUGCUUCCUUCCUCCCCUCCUCUCUCCAAAUUAAAGUAUUUUUCUUUGGUUCGGAUGCAGGACAUGGAGUCUCUGCCAGAGGAAUGGCUGCAAAACUUGACUUCUCUUGAAUAUCUAAAGAUUUGGGCAUGUCCUAGACUAAAAUCUCUGUCCCGAUUUACACAUCUCACUUCCCUUAAGAGGCUAGAGAUUUGGGAAUGCGAGGAGGUUGAUCUGUUUGGUAAUGAGAGUGAUAAUGGCACACAAUGUGUUACCACUUUGCAAGUGAUUAAGAUUUCAAAUGUUCCCCACUUGAUUACAUUACCGGAGUGCAUUGGCAAUUUCACAUCACUUCAAAGGCUUAAAAUUAACGAAUGCCCCAAUUUGACAUCACUUCCUGAAGGGAUCAAUAAACUCACAUCUCUUCAAAAUAUUGAAAUUUUUAGAUGUCCCAAUUUGAAAUCACUUCCCAAAGGGAUCAGCGACCUCACAUCACUUCAAAGGCUUGAAAUUAACGAAUGUCCUAAUUUGACGUCACUUCCCGAAGGAAUGCACCGCCUCACUUCUUUACAAAGCCUAAGAAUCAAUAAUUGUCCCCACUUGAAGGAAAGAUGCCAGGAGAGAAUUGGUGAGGAUUGGCCUAAGAUUGCUCACAUCCCAUUUUUUCGAUAUUAUGGUUAAGGAUUAAAUUCUUGUUCAGCAACCAACAUGCUUCCACUUCUUUGGUAAGUACUUCAACAUCCACUUUCUAGGCACUCAGAGAGAAAUUUUUUCCCCUUUUAAUAUCUUUAGAGUCAAUUAUAGCUAUAUUGGGAGGAGUAAAUUUGUUAAGUUUUUUCAUUGUGAUUGGCUCUUGCAGAGACAUCAAUGGUAGCCAGUUAGCUUUUUUGCAAGAACAAUUCAAACUUUGCCAAACUUUAAGAUGGUUGUGAAAAAGAACUCCAUCGAUUCAAUGAAGGAUUCGCGGGCCCUAUGCUAACAUGGGCUGCUCGCAUUUCUGCAUCAGCUGGAAGGAAUGGAGAGCUGGGAACAACAUGCAAGGCGUGCUCAUUAGCUGUUUGAGAAGGUUUGGAUCAAACCGAUUAUGAUAGAGGAACUUGCCUUAUAUAGUUAUAUAUUCAUUUCUUUCAAAUGGUAAAUUUUGAUGCAAUUGCUUAGGCUGUUAGAGGCACGCAUCCAAAAUUAACUGAUUAUUUGCUAGAGAUCUUUACAUCUUAUAAAGUAUGGUAGAAUUAACAUAAGGUUACAUCAUCUGCAGUGUUAUGUUCUGCAAUCCUAAAUGUUACUUUAUGUUAUGUUUGAUCCUUUAUUACUACAAAUUCUGGAAAGAAAAGGUUCAAACCUCUGAUAUCAUCACCUCGUUCUUUUCCUAUAUAUUCUAACUGCAUUGAUUUGAAGUUGUGAGGUGUAUUUAUAAGAUUGCAAGAAAUUAUUUAUCAGAUGACAUAUUUUAAAAAAUAUUCUCAUCACAUUCACUUAUAGUUGCAAUUUACGUUCUAAAAGUCUCUUUCAAUAUAUUUUAGAGUCAUGGAAUUUCAUAUUUAAUGCCGGUUUAUUAAGGUUGAUCUGGCCGGCCAAUUUUUCUUAUAAGCUUGAAGCUUCUAAGGUUAUUCAAAAUAGGAAAGUAGAUAUUACUUAAUUAGCACACCUAACCAACUUAUUGUAAGAUUGGACAGGACCACCUAAAAUAUGUUUAUGUCUUCCCAACCUAUUAAUUUUCUGAGUGACACAAACCCCCUACCAGUCUUUUUUUUUUUUUUUUUUUUUUUU